AAUUAAUAUCAAUAGUAAAGAAGUGUUUAUUUCUACCAACGUGAAUCGACUUGGAGAUAUACUAUCUACAUCGAGGCCACAAAAGGCCAAGGCACUGCAGCCACAAACAUACUUGUGGUCGAAUCCACCUAAUCUUCAUUCAUGGCCGGAGCCACCAAGAGGUAUGCAGUUGUCACCGGGGCAAACAAGGGUAUCGGUUUGGAGAUAUGUCGGCAGCUGGCGUCUCAGGGCAUCACCGUGGUGCUGACAUCUCGGGACGAAAACAAAGGCCUUGAAGCUGUCGAGAAACUCGCCGCGUCUGGCCUUUCCGAUCAUCUGAUCUUUCAUCGACUAGAUGUGGCCAAGGAUGAUUCAGCCACAGCCCUGUCUGAAUUCAUUGAGUCCCGAUUUGGAAAGCUCGAUAUCUUGGUGAACAAUGCAGCAGUUCUCGGAUCCGAUGUGAAGUGGGAGAUUCUAGACCCGACCAGGGCUACGGCCGAGGCUGAUGUUGUUGCAACAGGCAAAGUUACUAUAGAUUGGAGUAGCAUUGCGAAUGAUACCUACGACUUAGGGGCGCAAGCAAUUCAAACAAACUACUAUGGGUACAAAAGGACAACAAAAGCUCUUCUUCCAUUUCUCCGCCUCUCAAACUCGCCAAGAAUCGUAAAUGUAUCCUCUUCUGCGGGGAAUCUUGAGUACAUACCGAGCGAAUGGGCGAAAGGGAUCUUGAAGGAUGAGGAAAACUUGACGGAAGAGGGAAUCGACAAAGUCGUGAGAGGAUUCCUCGAGGAUUUCAAAGAAGGGAAACUUGAAGGCAAAGGUUGGCCUAAUUACAUGGGAGCAUACAUAGUCUCAAAAGCAGCCAUAAAUGCCUACACAAAGCUUCUUGCUAAGCAAUACCCGAGCUUUCGGGUGAACUCGGUGUGCCCGGGUUACGUGAAAACAGAUAUUAACAAAAACACGGGGACAGUGCCGGUGAAAGAAGGCGCCGCUGGCCCUGUGAAGCUUGCAUUGCUGCCGGAUGGUGGCCCUUCCGGCUGCUUCUUUGUCCAAAAGGAUUUCGUCGAGCUCUAAGUGAUAUAUAUGUAUGUAUAAAUAUAUAUGUAUACUUUGUUGAAUUACGUAGGGUACGUUCAUUGGUAAGAUUUUACAUUCAAUUUUA